AUGAAUUUUGAUAUCUUGUAUUGUCUUGUUAAAGGAAACACAGCAGCAGCAAACUUUUUCAUCGAGAAUGGUUUAGGUGACUACAAAAUGCUCAACGAAAUGAAGUAUCCAAUCAACCCAUUGGACUUAGCAAUCAUUUAUCUAAAUAUCGAACAAGUAAAAUUCAUUGACAAGAAACUUGAUUUGGAUGAGAAAGAUAACUUAGAAAAAGAAGGUUUGGAUGUUGAUUCAGAAUCAGAAGAAAACACAUAUAGUGAUGAUGACUAUGAUGCACAAUACAAAUUCAAGUAUCCUCCUCUUGUUUAUGCUAUUUGCCAUCCGAGAAAAGAAUGCGUUGAAUAUUUAAUUAAAAGAGGAGACAAAGUUGAAUUCACAUUCACAUCGAGCUCUUAUAAUGAUUACAUCAGACCAUUUAAAGCAGUUUAUACUCCUCUUGGAGCCGCCAUCGAUUUUGGAUAUAGCGAAAUUGCAAAAUUACUCAUCAAUAAUGGUGCAAAUGUCAACGCUGAAAUCAGGAGGGACUUGAAAACUUAUCCUGUUUUUGCUUUAUCAAUUGAGAAAUACAUGCUUGAUAUUUCGAAACUUCUCCUUAAGAAAGGUGCAGAUGCUUAUCACUCAGUAAUUCUUUUUAGUCACUCAUAA